UCCAAGUUUAGACCAAGGAGAUUACAGAGGGAAGACUGCUCUUCAUCGUAUUUGUGCCAUCAAAGAUCCUCGUUACUUUCAGAGGGUCAUCAAGCAUUACGGGACAUUUCCCGACCAUAUUAUGGAGCAGGAAACUGAUGAUGGAGUCACUCCCGUCAUAGCGGCGUGUCAGAGUGGAAAUUCACAGCAGCUCAAGGAACUCAUUGAUCAAGGGGCCUCAAUAGUUACCAAAGAUGACAAUGGUAGGACUGCCCUCCAUUACUGUGCAGACAAUCUGGAGACACAAUGUGCUGAAAUGUUACUGGCCAAGGAUGCUAGUUUAUUAGAGGUCAAGGACAGCCAAGGGUUCACCCCUCUUCAUAUGUCAGUUAUCAGCGGGAAUGCCCCCUUACUCAAACUUCUACUCAAGAAAGGUGCAGAUAUCAGGAGUCUGGAUAAUGAAUUGCAUACCCCAACACACUGGGCAACAGUUUGUGGUCACCUUGAGAUCCUUGAUAUUCUGGUUGACAAUGGAGCUGAGCUCUCAUCAGCAGACAGUCACAAUGCCUACCCCAUACACUACGCUGCUCAGAUGAACGGAAAAGAUGGCAACCAUGCAGACUCCAAGGUUGGGGAGAAGGUUCUCAAGAAGUUACUUGACAGCGGGGUUCCUCAUGAUGUCACAGAUAAAGAUGGUCGACAACCACUAUUAUGGGCUGCAAGUGCAGGAAACACUGAAUCCAUCAAAUUAUUAGUCAAAGCUGGUGCUGAUGUCAAUGCUAUUGAUAAAGACGGACUGUCAGCAUUACACUGCGGUGCUUCAAGGGGUCACUCACACUGUAUAGAGGAACUUAAGAAACUUGGAGCUGAUGUAAACCUCGCAGACAAAAACAACUGUACACCACUAUUUUAUGCUGUCACCCUCGGUAACAAAGAGUGCACCAAGGCCUUACUAAAACAUGGUGCUGACCCCAAUCACAAAGAUGUCCGAGGGAGAACGCCUAGUCAUUGUGCCUCAGUGAAGGGAUGUGUCGAGACACUAAAAAUUUUAGACAAGAGUAAGGCAGACCUCUGGGGUAGCAGCAGCAGGGGAGACUACCCUGUCCAUGAGGCAGCCCAGGGAGGCCACUGCGAUGUUGUGAAGUACCUGCUUAAGUGGAAGAAUACACCUGAUGCUGUGAACAUUCCUAACAAUGCAGGUCGGACCUGCCUCCACAUUGCUGCUAUAGUCAAUAACCUCCCUCUCUGUAAACUUCUACUGGACAAUGGGGCAGAGAAAAACUCCCUCAUGAUGCACAAGGACAAAUCCUAUACUCCAUAUGAUGCUGCAAUUUUGAAAGGGAAUUCUGAAACUGCAGAAUAUAUCAAAGCAAAAGGAGGCAAGACUGGAGGUGAUAUUGACAAUAUUCUGAACAAAAAGGACAAGAGGGACUCGAAAUCUGCAAAAUCGAGAAAAAGUAAUUUGGAAAGUCAUAAAGAAGAGGAAGAAGGUGCAGAGCAGGAUAAGAAAUCAGAAAAACAGGAAGAGGGCGAGAAUUCUGAGAAAAAGGAAGAAAAACCAAAAUCAAAGAAAGAACUAGAAAAGGAAAAGAGAGAGGCAGAGAAGGCCAAAAAGGAAGAGGAGAAGAAAAAGAAAGAAGAGGAACUAAAAGCCAAAAAGGAGGAGGAGAAAAAGAAAAAAGAAGAGGAGAAAAAAGAAAAAGAGGAGGAAAAGAAAAAGAAAGAAGAAGAGAAAAAACAGAAGGAAGAGGCCAAGAAAAAAGAGCAAGCAAACAAAGACUCUAAAGAGGAGAAGUCUGAUAAAAAGGAAGAAGUUGUUGCUGCUGCAAUUGUAGCUGCUGUAGCUGCUGACGAGAAAGAGAACAAAAAAGACGAGGACAAGAAAGGGAAAAAGGAGAGUAAAGAAGGAAAAGAUAAAGUAGAAGAAAAGGAUAGCAAAGAAAAGGAUAGCAAGGAAAAAGAUAGUAAAUUAAAAGGAAAAGAUAGCAAAGUAGAAGAAAAAGACAGCAAAGAAAAAGACAGCACAGAAAAAGAAAAGGCUACCAAAGAAGAAAAAGAUAGUAAACAAGAAGGAAAAGAUAGUCAUAAAGAAGAAAAGGGGAAAGAACAAAAUUCAAAUAAAAAAGAGAAAGAAGAUCAGUUAGAAAGUGAUGAGGAAGUUGUUGUAGUGAAGGGCAAGAAAGUUGUUAAAAAGAAGAAGGGCUUUGAGAAAGACAAGGAAGCUGAGAAAGCAAGAAAAGAAGCAGAGGAAGCCAAAAAGGAUGCUGUGAAAGCUCACCAGGAAGCAGAAUUAGCUAAAGCUGCAGCAGAAAAGGCUAAACAGGAAAAACAAAAACAAGAUCAACAAAAGAAAAAAUCAGCAAAGCAGAAGAAAGACAGUAAAGAAGAAAGUGCUAAGGGAAAGGGUAAAGAAAAAACCAAAAAAGACGAAAAGGCAGUGGUAGCUGGUGCCAUACUUGCUAAGAACAAGAAAGUCAAAGGUCCAGGCACAAUUCAGGAAGAGGACGAGGAAGAAGAAGAAGACGAAACAACAAAAGAAAGUGGAAUUGAGGCAGAGAAAGCUAGACAAGAGGCUGAAAAGUCACAAAAAGAAGCAGAAAAAUUAAGAGAGGAAGCAGAGGAAGCAAACAAAGAGACAGAAAAAUUAAAGCAAGCUGCUGUAGCUGCUAAAGCAGCCGAGGAAGUGAAAGACUCAAAUAAAAAAGAGAAAGAAAAGUCACAAAAGGGGCAGAAGGACAAGGAAGAUCAAACGGGUAAAAAAGGAGAAAAAACCAAGGAAGACAACCAGAAAGAAUCACCAAGUAAAGAAAAGGAUAAAAAGAAUACAAGUGAAAAAGAAGAAAAACCUAAAGACAAGAAAAGUGCACCAUCUACUCCAAAGACUCCAAAGAAAGAUUCAGAGAAAGCUUUAACAAAAGAACAAGACCAAAAGGAAAAGAGUACUCCUUCAACUCCCAAAUCAGACAAAAAGGAGACAAAGGAAUCAGACAACACUGACAAAGAAAAGGAAGAGGAAAGUAAAGAAGAAACUCGAGAAGAAAAAGAUUCACCUUCUACACCAAAAGAGAAAACAGAAACUCCAAAAACUCCCAAGAAAUCAAAGGAUAGAAUUAAAGAGGAAGAACAACCAAAAGUUUUAGUACCUCCAAAGACUCCUAAGAAGGACAACAAAAAGUCAGAUACUGCAAAAGAUAAAGGAAAAGAUCCAAAAGGUUUAGAAAAGGAAAAAUCAACUGUUAGCAAAGGUGAUAAGAAUAAAAAAUCCACUGAGAAAAUAAAGAAGGAGAAAGAGAAGAAAUCAACUGAGCUGAAGGAAGAGGAAGGGCAACAGAAGGCAACAGAAAAACUCCCAAGUGAUAAAGAAACUGAGGAGGAAAAGCAGGAAGGUAAACAAAGCACAACUGAAAGGCCAGGGAGUGAUAAAAAGGUCAAAGAAACAACUGAAGAACUUGAAGGUGAUAAGCAGCUCAAAGAGGAGGAAAAGGAAAGUAGAGUACAGACACAAGAUAAACCUGAGAGUGAUAAUCAGGCCAAAGAAGGAGAGCAGGAUAGUAAUAAAAAGACGAGAGAAGAAACAGAAGAAACAAAUAUUCUGUUGGUAGGAAAACAGGAAAGUAAUCAGAAGAAGACAGAAAUCCUUGGAGGUGAUAAACAGGUUAAAGAAGAGAAACAGGAAAAGAAAGGAUCUCAAGGAAAGAAAGGAUUACAGAAGGAAAAAUCAACUGUAAGUAAGAGUGAUAAGUCAAAGAAGUCUACCAAUAAAUCUAAACUUGAAAAGGAGAAGGCAUCUACUAGUAUACAGGACGGUGAAAAGGAACGUAACAAGCAAAAGAAUAGUGUUGACAAGCCUAAGGAGGAGACUGAAGAAGAUACACUUGAUGCUGUUGACGUUGAGAAUGAACGAGUAGACAGUGGUGUUCUGUCACCUGGAUCGGUAGCUGAAGAAGUGGAUUUAGAUAAUCAUCUUCUAGGAGCUAAAGAAAAAUCAACUGUUAGUGGAAUAGUAAAGGAGAAGGAUAAUAAGAAAUCGAAAAAAUCUGGACCUGCUACAACAAGUACUCCCAAAGUAAAAAAGAGACCAAACGAAGAUAAUAAAGAAAAUAAAAUUCCCUCUAGAGAUAGUGGACGUCCAAAUACCCGCGAAAAAAACGAGUUCCAGGAAAUUGAACUUCAACCGAGUAGGGAUUCUGGACAUCAGUCCCAAUCAGAGGAACAAAAUUCGCAGACAGAAGAACACCAAUCACAGACAAAACGUAAUUUGGUGAUAAGUCCUUCUGUUUCGCCAGUUGAUUAUCAAGAACAUUCACCAUAUCAGAAGGACACCUUCAUUCAAACUCCAAAGUCAAGAUCUACCCAGAAAGACAAACAAGACGACGAAGACGAAUUUGAAUUUCCCGAAAACUCACACGAAAGCCAGGAAGAAGCUUUAAGAUUGGCAGAAAGUCGCAAGCAAUCUAGAGAAGGAACUCUUCCAGAGACUUCGCGGUAUCAGGAAUCUCCAGAGAGGCAGUCAAGAAGCAGACGGAAGGCUUCGAAAAUUCCGGACAGUGGAGUUAUUCAACCAGGAUUAAAAAGCCGUGAUAAUUCUCGUUCUAAAACACCUGUGUUGACUAACGGUCAUUCUCAACAAAACGAUGAAUAUGUAGAAUCUUCAGAGGAGGAUGACGAUGAUGUGUUAACUGACAUUAAUUUUCAAAAUCGACUCAAAAGGAUAGAAAGAGCACAACUUGCAAAUAACAGAAGAAAAGAACAAUAUCUUCUACAGCAAUUAAAAAGGACACAGAAAGUGAAUUACAAACUUGGACCGGUUAAACCAAAAACAAAGUCUAAUUUGACUCUAGCAGACAUGGAACGUAUGGACACGUCAGGACGCAGAAAAAAUGUGCCAAGACGAGUGGCUUCCAUUCAAGAAAGUGUGCGCAGGUAUCAGGACCAGAGACGUUUUGUUCGCCAAAUGCAUCAGCUGAAACGCGCUCAGAUAUAUACAGGACCUAUGCAUGACAUCGUGUUAUUCAGCAAAAUGAUGGAUGUAUAUAAACACAGCACCCCAGGAGGUAGUGAGAACGACUUGGAAAUGAGUGUGAUGGAUAACUGGGACAGUUACCUGAGAGAUUCAGACUUAAACUCAACUGACCCAGACCAGCUGAGGUUUGUUUCACAUUACUAUGAUGAGGACCCAGCUGUGAGAGAGCAGACAAAUAGGGUAAGGCGAGAGACAACAGAAACAAGGCGAGGAGUGGAGAGUCGAUCGGAAUACCUCGCACAGAGUGUGAAACGCAGAGAGGAGCACGAAAACAAAGAAAAGCAGGACUUAGACGGCAGAAUAUCUAAUAUCACUAAGAGGACAGAAGACCUCUUUGAUAAUGUGAAAGAACAAGCGGAUCAAACACUGAAAGAAGCCAAGGAGACAAACUCUGGCUUAGACAAGUAUUACCGGAAGGAGAGGUCGGAUCUCCUCCACCACUCAAGGCCCCACAGCUUCAGAAGGCUGAAGGACGAAGAAGAAAUGGAAGAACGACAUCGAUUGUUCGAGGAACGGGAGAAGGCGCGAAAAGACAAGCACACAGAGUGGCACAGGAAGAAGGAAGAUGAGUUGCGUAAACGUCUUAUGAAAGUGUAUGGAAAUGGAUCAGAAAAUGGCUACAGUAAAUCACGAAAUCUUGGUCCAAUGAAAUCUUCGACACCUCGAGUCCAUAGCCUGGGCAAUUCUCCAGGCUCAAGGCCAAAGUCCAACACGCUUUCAUCCAUAAGCGGGUCCCGCGCUCAGUAUAGCAAUGCAACAGACCAAGAACUCAGUGUUCAGAUGACAGAGUUUGGAUUCAGACGGGUAAAAAAGGCGGACGAUGGUGCUUUUGGCAAAGCUUCCAAAGAUCCAUCGCAGUGUAGUGUUAAAUCCUUAUUAUUUCAUAAAUCUGGCUCGUUGUCAGCCAAUUGGACACCCAAGUUUGACGGUGAUGUAAGACCACGAGCUGGUCUCGUUUUCGUAGAGCCAAAACUUUAUAACGAGUUUUUGAAAGAAGAGGCUGAGCUACGUAAUCAGACCGCCAUGAUGGCGAGAAGUCGCUCAACGAACAUUAACACACUAGAAGAUGACACGACAGUUUUAGAAACGGUGGAAUCGUGACAAAUAGGAAGCAUUUAUUUAAUUAGUUAAUAAAUUUAUUCAUUUGCAGAUGUGAUUGUUCUUUUUCUCUAAUACUCGAGUGCUGAGAAUGGAGAGGUCGUUGUUAAUAUUUAACUUAUCUACAGUGAAAAUCAAAGCAGGCGGGACUGAUGUAUUUCACUUGGUUCAUCAUUAUCGCAUGGAGUUAAACAAUAGAAAUUAAACGCUUGUGUAUAAACAGACUGUUCCGCGUAUUUCUCAGAAACAAACAAUAUCACUGACGUGUUUGUAAUUUUGCUAUUGUAAAAUUACGCCUUGAAUGUUUCCAAGUUAUGACGGGACAACUCUCACAAGUUAGCUGAUAGUUUGGAAGAUAAACUAUGCAUUUAUUAUCUUUACUCAAUAUUCACGAAUGUUGAAACACUUGUUUCAAAAUAUAUGCACAAGAUAUUCUGUAAAUUAGAAAACUGUUUUGUAUGUUUAUUUAAGGGAAAAAAGGUAAAUAACUCAGAAUAUGCAUGCAUUUUUCAACUAUUUUGUCUUGCAACCUGUGUGUUAGCUGUUUGUUCUACAAAUGUUCAUGUUUUAUCAUGUCAUAACAUUGUGUGUUUUCAAUUUGGAGUGUACGACACCCUUGAAUUUCGUCGUCUUCUCAAAUGUGUCAACUUUCUAUAAAUGUGUUGGAGCAGGUAUAAUUCUUUUAAACAUGAAUUUUUUAGUGGUACACAAUAGCUAAAUCUGUGAUAAACAAUUGAAAAUACGUCCAGAAUGUUUUAUUGAAUUGAUUUUGAGCAUGUUCCUUUAUGAUUUCUUUGAUAAUCCUUGCCAGUGUCUUGUGCGUAUUUGUUAAUAUAAAGAAGUGAUCCGGCUGUUUGUAGGUAGCCAUUUUAUAUGUACAAGGAAAGCAUGUAUUUUUCAAAAUAAAAAGCAAUGCUCAUGAU